AUGGAUUUGACUAAGAUGGGCAUGAUCCAGCUGCAGAACCCCUGCCACCCCACCGGGCUGCUGCACAAAGCCAACCAGAUGCGCCUGGCGGGGACGCUGUGCGACGUGGUCAUCAUGGUGGACAGCCAGGAGUUCCACGCGCACCGGACGGUGCUGGCCUGCACCAGCAAGAUGUUCGAGAUCCUCUUCCACCGCAACAGCCAGCACUACACCCUGGACUUCCUCUCGCCAAAGACGUUCCAGCAGAUCCUGGAGUACGCGUACACCGCCACCCUGCAGGCCAAGGUCGAAGACUUGGACGACCUGCUCUACGCCGCCGAGAUCCUGGAAAUCGAGUACCUGGAGGAGCAGUGCCUGAAGAUCCUGGAGACCAUCCAGGCCUCCGAGGACAACGACACCGAGGUCGCCAUGGGCGACGGAGGCGCCGCCGCCGCCGAGGAAGAGGAGGAGAGGAAGUCGAGGUACAUCAGGGGCCUCUUCGUCUCCAAGCCCGCCGGCGAGGAGAGCGGCUACGCCGGCGCGGCCGGCCAGAGCCUCCCCGCCGCCGCCCGGGGGGAAAAGCCCCUGGGCAUCUACUCCCUGCUGCCGAACCACAAGACUGAGCCGGUGCUCGGUGUGCCGCCCUCCGUGGCGUCCGCCCUGCACGUGCAGCCGGCCCUGGCCGUCUCCAUGGACUUCAGCGCCUACGGGGGGCUGCUGCCCCAGGGCUUCAUCCAGCGGGAGCUGUUCAGCAAGCUGGGGGAGCUGGCGGCCGGCAUGAAGACGGAGAGCAGAGCCCUGGGCGAGCAGUGCAGCGUGUGCGGGGCAGAGCUGCCGGACAACGAGACCCUCGAGCAGCACAGGAAGCUGCACAGCGGGAUGAAGACUUACGGAUGCGAGCUGUGCGGGAAGCGGUUCCUGGACAGCUUGCGGCUGCGAAUGCACUUACUGGCUCACUCAGCGGGCGCCAAAGCCCUGGUCUGCGAUCAGUGCGGCGCCCAGUUCUCGAAGGAAGACGCCCUGGAGACGCACAGGCAGACGCACACCGGUACGGACAUGGCCGUUUUCUGCCUGCUGUGUGGCAAGCGGUUCCAGACGCAGAGCGCCCUGCAGCAGCACAUGGAGGUGCACGCCGGGGUGCGCAGCUACAUCUGCAGCGAGUGCAACCGCACCUUCCCCAGCCACACCGCGCUCAAGAGGCACCUCCGCUCCCACACAGGCGACCACCCCUACGAGUGCGAGUUCUGCGGCAGCUGCUUCCGGGACGAGAGCACCCUCAAGGGCCACAAGCGCAUCCACACCGGCGAGAAGCCCUACGAGUGCAACGGCUGCGGCAAGAAGUUCAGCCUCAAGCACCAGCUGGAGACCCACUCCGCGGCAGCGUCGAUGCCGGGCGAGAAGCCCUUCGAGUGCAAGCUGUGCCACCAGCGCUCCCGGGACUACUCGGCCAUGAUCAAACACCUUCGGACCCACAAUGGCGCUUCCCCCUACCAGUGCACCAUUUGCCUGGAGUACUGCCCCAGCCUCUCCGCCAUGCAGAAGCACAUGAAGGGCCACAAGCCGGAGGAGAUCCCCACCGACUGGCGGAUAGAGAAGACCUAUCUCUACCUCUGCUACGUCUGA